AUGGAGAAUGUGAUAGAUUGUGAAUCUAUUGUCUUGCGAGCCUCAUUUACAAUUCCAGGAAUUGCAUUUUUGAGCUUUCAACUUGCACUUGGACAAAGCACCCAAUGGGUUCUGCUGUUGAUGGAGGUUAUGGAGCUCUUCAACGCUACCUCUCUCCAUAGUAUCUUCCUCUACAGUAACAAUCUAUCUGGUCCGCUUUCGCCUUCAAUUUGUCAUCUCCUCUGCCUUCAAAACCUUGAUCUUUCGCAAAACUCGCUUUCUGGAUCCCUCCUGAGUGACCUUGCGAAUUGCUGUCAGCUGCAGAGGUUUGUUCUCUCCUGUUACAAAUUCUUCGGCGAGAUUUUCGACGGAAUUUGGCCCAAUCUCGACAACUUGCUUAAACUCGAUUUGUCGUCUAACGAAUUCAACGGAUCGAUCCCAGCUGAUCUCGGCGAUUUGAAAUCACUUUCCGAGACUCUAAACCUCUCCAAUCAUUUCUCCGACGAGUUCCCAAGAUCACUUGACAGACUGUUGAUGAUGGUAAGCUUCGGUCUCAGGCAUAACAACCUCAACGAACAAAUCCCUCAGAUCGGCACUUUUGAAAAUCAAGGGCCGACCGCAUUUCUUAACAACCCUUCCUUGUGUGGAUUUCCUCUCCAAACACCUUGCAUCGGGAAUCCGCCAAAGAGUUCUCCAUUAGACCAACAGAAUCAGGGAACGAUAUUUGAUACCAAUUCAAAGAAAGGGCUAAAACCAGGUUUUGCCAUUGAAAGAUGA